GGGCAGGCGGAGUCAGUUUGGAGCUGACGUCGGCGAAAUGAAAUGAGCUUGUUGCGCUUUUCCUCGCAGAAUGGAAGUAGUCGUGGAGGUGAUACGGACUAAACUCGCUUGACUUUCCAGGAUAUCGAACUCGCUGUUCUUUUUUUAUUCUGAGUACAAGACAGCCGUUACAACGAAGCCUAUCUCUGUGGCUGCUCAUCUUAUAGUGCCCCCGUAUGGACGAUGAGGAGGACGAUGUGUUUGAGCCAGACCCCCUCUGCUGGCGCACCACUUUCCGGGAGGUAAAGUGUGAAGACCGGGGCACACAGACUCCUGGCCCUGCCCUGGCACCGUACAACGGCAUGCUGCCCUGUGGAGUCGCAGAGGAGCCCAGACAACUCUUCUACGGCAACGCAGGUUUUCGAUUGCACUUCCCGGCACACUUUGAGCUUGUUGCGGAUCAGGAGGCAAGACAACAAGAAAGCGAAGAGGAGCAAAACGGGAUGCAGCCACCCCGGCAGCAGCCUGUGGCCCGCAGUGUGGAGGCCUGCAUUGGGCAGAAACUCCAGCUGAUAGGAGACCAGUUUCACCGGGAACACCUACAACUGUAUCAUCGAAACCAAAGGAACCAGGGGCCGCUGUGGUGGCGCCUGGCCACAGCUCUGCUCAGCCUUCUGUUUGACAGGGGGCUCAUUGCUCGAGGAGGUGGAGCAGGACGGAGGUGAGGGGGGUCUUCCUUCAUCUCUCUGAGGAACUGGACUCCUAAUGGCACUGUCAAAUCUAACACGGGUCUGUUUUUGGGGGCGGGGGGGAGAAGGAGACUAAAGGUCACCGCGGGACGGAGACAACCAACUUUUAUACAAGGUCGUGUGUUUUUUCUUUCCAAGAAGAUGCCAUGAUGCUCCGAGAUUCCGCUACAGGACAAUGUUCAUAUUUUGGUAUACGUGUGGUGUAGUAGUUUUGUACAGUACAUUUUUCUUGUUCAAUUUUUUGCACUUCAACAUGUAUCCAUCUUUUAGUGACCUCCACACAACCUGGGAAUGCCUUAUUCAAUGUCUUCUGCCAGAUUGAGUAUUGAGCAAUUUUGACAGGCAUGAUGAGAUGGUUAGGAAAUGAAAGGAAAUGUGGUGUGAGGUUUUCUUUUUUGAAGUUUCCCAGGCGACCAGACACGUUGACUUACUAAUUUCCAAAGAGGCAACUUCUCAGAACAAAGCAUUUUGCACCUCACCUCAAUGGAACAUUUAUCUUUUCUUAUUAUCUUUAUUUUGCUUCCUAUUUUUGUUUUCUUACUCCUCCAUUUUCUUGGUUUUAAGUUUGAACACGAUCCCUCAGAAUCAAAGCAAAGUCUGCACACCUUAACUAGUGAUUUAAAUGACUUUUUCAAGAUGCAUAGAUGUUUUAAGGUGAGCCUUUCUUAAGUCAUGUGCUACAUGUCAAACAAUUAGAACAGCAUGAUGGUUCAGAAAGUAUCAGGGUGGAGUUAGCACUACUGAACAUCAGGUCAAACAAGCCUGGCCUGUGUACAACAGCAUUCAGUCAGACUACAAGCAAGCAGUGGUUGAUGUUUAUAUGAAUAUUAGGAGUGUGAUUGCUAAAAAAAAUACACUGAAAACAAUGACGCAGUUAGCUGUAGGAAAAAAAAAAUUGUUAAUUGGCAAAAGCAGAAGCAAGCAAAAGAGCAUUAACAAACAACCAGGAAAUGUGCAGUGGAAUGAGUAAACUGAAUCAAUAUUUUAGAAUCAAGAAACUGUUUACCUACUUAACACAGUUGGGUGGGACUGGGUGGCUGGAUAUUGUCUGAGAUGUAGCACACCAAAGAAGGGAAGAAAAGAAACUUUAAAAGACGCAUGAAAAGACAUUUAGAUGAAAGUUAUAUUGUGCUGACUUUUGCAUGCCUUUUGGAGGUCUAGCACACGUACAUUAAUUAUGACAUUAGAGUAAAACACAUUGUGAUACAGAGCAACGUGUUCUAUACCUAGCAAAACCAUUCGGCCAAGUCUACCGUAAUGAUUUCAAUUAAAAUGUUAGUGAGAGCACCAGAUACUCUUUCUUUAACGUGUAAAUUUGUUCCCAAAUUCAUUCUCAAAUUCAAGAUAUCCCUGUGUUUUAGAUGUGUUUGUUUCAUGUAAUUGUUUUCAGACCUCCAUGCCCUUGAGGUGGAACUGUGGAUCCACUGUUUUUGCACUAGGCGCACACCCUUCAAGAGUUCAGAUUGUAACCAACCUCUGUCUUGUAUGAAGGUUUUCAGUUAUGAUUCAUUUUCUCUCGUCACAACAUUUCAGAUGUAUUCAUUAUCAUGUCCAAGACAAAUAAUUGAGUUGAGACCUAACCGAACGCAGUCUGGAACCUGGAUUGCAUACGGGUUCUGAGAAUGACAUGUACCAGUGUUUCAGGCUAUAGUAGUUACAAUAUAGUGACGUGCCUCAGUUGAAAGGUUUCUGUCCUGGUUUGUUUUUCACAGCCCGUAUGUUUUGAACACCAAACAAUACUGCAUAAUCAAUCUGUGAAACAGAUCUUCUCAGGCUACUUUUUAUGGGGUUUUAAGUCAUUUUAUAUCCUGUUGGGUGAUCUUGUGUUGUCUUUGGUGCUCAGAUCCAGAUUUGGAACAUUUUUAGUACAUAGAACCACCACUGACUCAGCAGACAAACGACAAAAAGACAAAAGUGAAUAUGACUGUAAUUAUUGUUGAAAUAUGAAUAUGUUUAAAGACACUGUUGAAGAUGUUGUUUGUUAUAUUUUCCAUCGCUGAACCAAGGCCAACUUUUGGACCCAAGGAGCAGUACAUAUCAGGGGUCUGUAAUUACAUGCUCCUUACAGUGUAUCAAGUUUAUCACUGCAUAAUUAGGGUUUCCUUUCAUGUUCGUAAAGAUGUCUCAGGGAUGGGACUUUGUGGGCUACUGGUAACCUUGAGAAUCUGUAACAUGGUUAGAAGAAGAACAGUGUUUUCACCCAUUUAUUUAUGAUGAAACCUCCCGAGGUAUUAUCAAUUCUCUUAUUUUCAUUUCAGUUCAAAAUUACUCUCGGCCAAUUUCUCAGCACACACAUAAAGGUACAGUUUAACUGAGGAGUCUGAGGCUGACUUGCUGGCUGUGGUGGUGACGGGGGCUACUGAGCAUGUAGUAGUAGGCGUGAGGUGCACUGAAUGUGGUUGUGGUUGUAGUUUCCUGCGGAUCCUGAACGCUGAGCCAGUCCCUGUAGCGCCCCGUCUCACUACUGGCUCUUGGCGUCCUCUUUGUGCUGCUCCUUUAUCACAUGGGUAUUGUUCAUUGGUUCAUUUUUCUUUGUAAUUUAUUUUUUAACUUUUUUUUUUAAUUUAUUUUUGUACCCAUUUCUACUGUAUACACAUCUGUGUGCAAUUACUUCUUAUUUUCUUUUUACUUGUUUUGGUCUCUUCACGAAGAUUCACCGCUUCGGUCAGAGCAGAGAAGUUGAUUACACUUAUUACACAUUUCUGUCAUAUUCCCCUUUGAAAACAUGUUACUAUGGGAAUACAUUUUAACAUGAAUUCAUGAUGACCACGGCUGCUACUCUUCAUGAAGAAAGAAACGACAAGCCUCGCAUUUUCUAGCUUGCAUGUGUUUUUUUUCUCCAAAAGUAGAUUUUGUGUGGAGCAUUUCACUUAAAAGGUUGUGAUUUUCCAUGGAUGGGCCCGACCAAUUCAGACUUUGUUCCACCACCCGAUUCACCCGUUAUCACGGGUAGAUUAACAAUAUGUGGUUUAGAAGAGAAGUAGUUUCGAUGCAGUUCAACCUUUCAACAGGAUGUGACCUUUCCUUUUUAAUUAGUGAGUCAUCACCCAUCCCACCCAUUGCUAAUAACACACAUGACAUUAGAAAUGCUUCAAAGCAGAGAGAAAAGGGUUGCCUCCAAAUUCUUCUCAAACCACAGGAUGUUCAUUUAUGUUUUCAGUUCUUUAAUCUUGAUCAUUGUGUUGUAAUCAAUAUGCACUGGAAAGUACUUUGUUUCUGUAGAUCCCAUGGGUCCCUUAUCUGUUGUGUGUGUUAAUGUAUAGUAUAUACUCUGAAUUGUUGUCUUUGGCUAAUCUUGCCAUGUGUCAGGCGUAUAUCUGUGCAUUGACCAAGUAGGCUAUUGAUGGCCUGUUUGAUUUAUUGGAAAGGGAAACAAGCCACCAUGGUGCCCUGUGUAGUUUUGUUAGGAUGAGGUUCCCAAUCUGCACUCAUUACAUAAUAUGUGAGUGUGGAGAAUCCCUAGAGCGGGACAUGUAUUCUAUGGAAACCGUCAGUGUCUUGAAUUUUGUAGUCCACUUUAUAUACAUUUGAAGUUUUUCGAGGAAGGUUUUGAUUUAGUUUUUUUUUUUUUUUUUUUACGAUAACAUUUCUUCUUCAUGGUCUUUCUUAACUUUUUAAAAUGUAUUUUCUUAAGAAAAAUGGGUCUGCUUUUAUAAGGACAGUUCAUGCUUGUAAAAUAAUUUUUAAUAUGAGCAAGAUCCUUGUGAAGGGCAUUUUUUUAAUAGAAAAUGAACUUGCAACAUUCCUUGCACAUCUCAUCCCAGUUUAUAAACAAAACAAAUGGUUGUGGUUAAUUCGGCUCAUGAGCUUAGAGCUAUGAAAUAUUUGCCCAUCUUUGCAGAACAGAUUAAUUGUACAUGUAUUUCUAAAACCCUGGAAUAUGCCUUUAACUGCUCAGUUUCAACAAAGUCUUGAUUAUCACACACUCUCUGUAUACCAUUAAAUGAGACCCAGCGAAAAUGUAGCAUUUUUGUAAACAUUGACUGUGUGUUUUCGAGACUCUACUGUGCACUCAUUUUUGUGUUUAUAUAUAUUUUUGGUUGUUGAUAUAAUAUGGAAGUAAAGACAAUUUGUUAUGUAGUGCAAUAUGCUGUACAUACGGAGCUUUGCUCUACAAAUCUUUUUUUCUGGAUUUCUUGUUUAUUGGUACUUUUUUUUUCAAUAAAAUUUUAUUGAAGGUG